AGGACACCACGGCACCGCCUGAAGCGAUGGCCCAGCCCUACCCCCCCACCCAGUACCCCCCUCCGCCACAGAACGGCCUCCCCGCCGAGUACGCCCCGCCCCCGCCGCACCCCACGCAGGACUACUCCGGCCAGACCCCAGUCCCCCCAGAGCACGGCAUGACCCUGUACACACCAGCACAGACCCACCCCGAGCAGCCGGGCCCCGAGGCCAGCACACAGCCCGGUGCUGGGGCGCAGACAGUGCCGCAGACAGACGAGGCGGCACAGACGGACAGCCAGCCACUCCACGCCCCCGACCCCACAGAGAAGCAGCAGCCCAAGCGGCUACACGUCUCCAACAUCCCCUUCCGGUUCAGGGACCCCGACCUGCGGCAAAUGUUCGGGCAAUUCGGAAAAAUUUUAGACGUGGAGAUCAUUUUUAACGAGCGGGGCUCCAAGGGUUUUGGGUUUGUAACUUUUGAAACUAGCUCAGAUGCUGACCGAGCCCGGGAGAAGCUGAAUGGGACGAUCGUAGAGGGACGGAAAAUUGAGGUCAAUAAUGCCACCGCCCGGGUCAUGACCAACAAGAAGACUGCAAACCCCUACACCAACGGCUGGAAGCUCAACCCCGUGGUGGGCGCGGUGUACGGGCCCGAAUUCUAUGCAGUGACGGGGUUCCCCUACCCCACCGCCGGCACAGCCGUGGCCUAUAGGGGUGCGCACUUACGGGGCCGGGGCCGGGCUGUGUACAACACGUUUCGGGCCGCGCCACCCCCGCCCCCCAUCCCGACUUACGGAGCGGUCGUGUAUCAGGAUGGCUUUUAUGGUGCUGAGAUUUAUGGAGGCUACGCAGCCUACAGAUACGCUCAGCCCGCAGCAGCCGCAGCGGCCGCAGCCUACAGCGACAGCUACGGCCGAGUCUAUGCAGCAGCUGACCCCUACCACCACGCCAUCGGCCCCACGGCGACCUAUAGCAUCGGAACCAUGUGAGAAAUCCCGCCGUUUCCUUCCUGGACCACGAAGGGCAAAAACAAAAAACACACAAAAAAAUCACAAAACAAAAAACAAAACAAAAAAAG